CGGCAUCCAUUCGCCCUCUUCCUAUGAUCCUAUCGCCUUUUCUUCUUCGCUGCGACCAAGCGCCUGGCCGCUCGCUGCUGAUGAGUGCUUGCUGCUGCAGUGAACUGCCUGCAUAAAAUAGAGGUCAUAGUCCUUCGCUCGCCCUCGUUCCAGCGCUUAUUGACGAUACAUCACCUCACACCUCCUCAAGAUGAUGCUGCCGAACCCCAUCACCGCUCUCCUCCUCCUCGCCAGCCUCGCCCCAACAGCCCUCUCUCAAGACACCCUCGCUGUCCCCGGCCGCACCACCACAACCUCCGUCCCAGCAUCCUCCCACGUCCCAACCCACACCGCCCCCGCCUCCCACAACACAACAGCCACCCCAACCUCCUCCAACACCACAGUCACACCCGCCAUCACAGCAGGAAACGCAACCAUCGUCCUCGGAAACGCUACACUGACCGCCACCCUCGUCGUGGAUCCGACCGCGAGCGCAACAAGUUAUUUGAACCUCCCGCCGGUGGCCACACCGGUGAGGGCCGGACCGGCGGCGAGCAAUGCGCCGUUGCCGACUGGGUCGCUGCCGCCGGAUUUGAGUGGGGAUGCGAUGGGUUUGAAGGGAAUGAAGACUUGGGUGGGGGUGUGCUUUGUGGCGGCUGUUGUUGCUGUCGUGCUUUGAUGUUAGAUCUUGCCUUCACCCAACCGGCGUACCUGCCAUGGCGUAUUCCCCAUCAUGUAUAACCAUAUUUCGUAGCCAGAUACACAAUGUAUUUACUCUUAUUCUAAAAUAACAACACUGGGUUUGAACGUCAU